CAGAGAAUGAUUGAAAUUAUUUGGUUGUGGUUAGUUAGUACCCCAGGAGCAGAGAGAGAGAGAGAGAGAGAGAGAGAGAGAGAGAGAGAGAGAGAGAGAGAGAGAGAGAGAGAGAGAGAGGAUGAAUGGAAAUCGCCGAUUGAUGGCGGAGGUCGGUCGGACUGUUUGCGACCGGAAAAUUUGAGCUGGAGAGGUCACUCUGUUCGAAAUGGAUUAAUUAGUAGGAUUGAUUGAUAGAUGAUCUCAGGCAAUCCUGUAGCUAUCAGGAUCAUAAAAAGAAGCAAAGGCUUCCACUCGGCGGCACAACUCAAUCGUUCACUCGUUUCCGUUCGUCCAUCACUUGCUGAUUCGCUCAAGCCGCCAAUCAACCAACCAAUCAAUCACUUCCAUCACUCCUUAAGUAAUCAAUCAUCUUAAUCGACCAAUCAAUUGACCAAUCAAUUGACCAAUCAAUUGACCAAUCAAUUGACCAAUCAAUCAAUCAAUCCAUUAGCCAAACUAUUGUAACCAACCAACCCCGAUCGACCAAUCCAAUCCUGUCAGACGAUCGGGUACUCGAUAGAGCAAUCAGACCGGAGGCAAUCAAGCAAAUGAUGCGUCAGCCAUGGUAUAGGCCAAAGGACGGUGGUUGGAUUCUGAGCAUCAUACGAUCAUUUGCGAGGAGAGAGCGAGAGGAGUGAGAGGCGGGAAAGGAGGGGGGGAGGAGGGGAGGUGAAGGAGGGGAGGGGAAGGAGGGAGGGGAGUCGCAACCAAGGAAGGAAAGUGCUCUCUAUUGGUUAGAUCGGCUCGGCGCGCAAUGGAUACAGAACAGGCUUUCUUAAGGGUUCAUGCUCGACUGUCAGGGAUGCUAGCCAGAGUGCUUACUCCAGGAUUCAGGGAGACGCUGGAGUUCGUCUGCCUCUUCAAUGCGGUUGUGUUGUUGGUCGUGCUCAUCGUCAUGCACGCCAAUUUCGUCGGCCAGCCCGCUUGUGCAGGAGAGAUAUCUCGCCCGGAGCUCGCCGAAGCUCAGAUUGUAGAAAUCAAGGUGACGGGCGCUUGGAGCCAAUUAGCGGAAGACUUGUUGACGGGUAUCAGAGAGAGAGCGACAGCUCUAAGAGCCAAGGAGUUGAGAUGGAAGGACAAGCAAGGGGUGCAGAAAGACGAUGCACAAAGGGUUGAUGGAUCCGGCAGGAGAACUGCAGCCACGGCCCUGCCAACUGGUGGUAAAGAGGCCCAUGGAGGAGGAGUGGUGGUGAAGGCGCAGCAGCAGGCCCAGGAGACGGCGAUUGCAGAGGCGUCGGCAGGAAAAGAAACCCAUCCCAAGCUUCCCAGAUUAGGAAACACAGGGAGUAGUAGGUGGGGUGCCAAGUUGUGGGGUCAUCUUCGAGGAGGGGCGCUGGAUGUCACAGGGAUCAGAGCAGGGUCAACUCGAGGGGGGUUUGGAGCAGGACCGGGAGUUGGCCCAGGUCCAGGGAGGGGUCCACUUGGGACAGCCUUGGCUCAUUACCUUGCCAGAUGGACGGCGAAGGCAAUUGCAUGGCUCGACCAUAGACCUGGAGAUGGCGAGUCUCAGCGUGCCCAUGGAGUCAGACCUGGGAAUGCGCACCGCAAUAGAGAAACGCAGGACAAGGUAGAGGAUUAUCUAUGGAGUGCCAGUCUAGGCGAACCAGUGUACAUUUACAGUGUUGAGCAGGGAUUUUUAAUGCUUUCGGAUUCAGCAAAGCAUCGUCAUAACAUCCGGACAGCAAAUAUCAGCAUUUCUGCCCAGAACCCUUGCUUGGGCAACAGUUAUCAGAGGAUGUUGAUCGACCAUUUUAUUGGCUAUGACACUAUAUUGAUUAAUAGCUACAUCCAUGCGAGAGGACGAGGGUAUCUAUAUAACCUUCAGACGAAGGAACUCUACAAUCUUAAUUAUGCGCAUGAAGGCAGUGGUGGUGCGGCUGAUGAGUUUCAAGAAUAUGUGACUUUCAAGUGUGGUGUCCUUAUAACGUCCCUAUUCGUGUUUUUCACCACCACCAUGUCAGUCUCCUUUACUCUUCGGGAGACACAAUCUCGAAUGCUCAAGUUCACAGUACAGUUGCAGCAUCAUGCCCGCCAUAGACUGCCAACCUUCCGAUUGAUCUUCUGCCACGUGAUUGAGUCGCUUGUAUUUGUCCCGAUUAUGAUUGGCAUCCUCUUCUUUCUGUUUGAAUUCUUCGACGAUCAGUUGCUCGCCUUCAUGGUCCUCACACUUGUUUGGCUCUGUGAGCUAUUUACUAUGAUCAGUGUGCGUACCAGAUUGUCUAUGCAGUAUUUCCCACGGUUCUUCUUCCUCUACUUCAUGGUCUUCCACAUUUACUUUUUCACAUACAGUUAUGCAGGGUUCUCGUAUUUGGCAUUCUUUGCAACAGCUGCCUUCAUGCAACAUUCCGUGCUCUACUUCUGGAAUAGACACGAGAUCCCUGCAUUGGAGAGCAUGAGACGGCGCGUGCAGCAUGCACAGCAGCAGCUUCACCGGGGACAACAGCAGCAGCAGCAACAACAACAACAACAACAACAACAACAACAGCAAGAUCAAGAGCAAGAUCAAGAGCAGCAGCGCCGAGUUCCUCCAGAGACUGGAUCAACGUCAAGUGAGGCUCUGCAACAGGAUACUGAUCAGAGGUAUCAACAGCCAGCAGGUAAUCCUGUCGCCGUAUCUGAUCGGCAUGUUGAUGGUAGAUCUCAGGACCAGCACUCUGUUUUGCACAGGCGGGCUCAAGAAUCUGCUGAACCCAGAGAUGCUGAAGCUGAGUACAUGCGCGGUAUGAUCCCUGGCUUGGGGACUGGUGCUACAGUCGAUGAUGCGCGACGUGACCAUGCGUCGGAAAACGCAUUCGGUACGCUGAGUGCCUCUCAAUCUUUGAGGAACCAAUCAUUGGCUAGAGCGGGCGGGUCUUAUUAUGUACAGGAGCAAUCAACGGCAGCGCCGGAGCGUGCUUCCGGGUCUCUGCUUGGGACAGAAGGUGAACGUCAAAGGUCAAACGUGUCUGCACAAGAUGGCUUAGGUGAGACAAGCCAUUCCUCCCAAAUUCCUUGGUUAAUGACCCACGCAAGUGGCAGUGUUGUCAGUUUUUUUCCGAUCCUUCGUUCAGAGAGCAUCACUGGAGAGAUUCACGUUCCCCGGGAUGGUAAUCUGAUGUCUGAGUUGCAGAGUCAAAGAAGUAGUUGGCAGCAGGAGUUCGGAGGUGGAGGAUUGGGCCUGCGGCACCGGCAGGGGGGAGGAGGAGGAGGAGGAGGAGGAGGAGGAGGGGGUAGCGGAGAUGAUGAUGAGCGCCAUCGUCGUGAGAGGCCAGGUAGUCAUGACCAUGUCAUGGGAAAUCACAUCAGAUGAUUAUUGAAAAUAGACAACCAAUUAUUUGCCCUUUUUUUAAGUUUCUUUUUCUUUUUGACAAUACUACAACGAGAAGCCCUUUCCAG